GCUCCGCCCUCAAGCCAAUCACCGGCCCUAGAUCUCCUUUGGCCCCGCCUCCGGGCCCGCCCCGGCCCAGUCCCGGGCCUGACUCGCUCCGGCCCCACCCCCGGCCCGCCCUGCCGUCGGUGCGCGGCCGCCUGGAAGGCACCGCCCGCAGACGCUCGGAACUGCCGACCUGAGAGCUACCCGUAGAGGGCCGGCGGCGGGAGCGGAGUGGGUCGGGCGGGGCCGAGCCGGGCCGGGGCCGUGUCGGGGCCGGGCAGCGGCCGGGCCGGCGGACGGCGGGAUGGGCUGCACCGUGAGCGCCGAGGAUAAGGCGGCGGCCGAGCGCUCCAAGAUGAUCGACAAGAACCUGCGGGAAGACGGCGAGAAGGCGGCGCGGGAGGUGAAGUUGCUGCUGUUGGGUGCUGGGGAGUCAGGGAAGAGCACCAUUGUCAAGCAGAUGAAGAUCAUCCAUGAAGACGGCUAUUCAGAGGAGGAAUGCCGGCAGUACCGGGCAGUUGUCUACAGCAACACCAUCCAGUCCAUCAUGGCCAUCGUCAAAGCCAUGGGCAAUCUACAGAUUGACUUUGCUGACUCUUCCCGAGCGGAUGACGCCAGGCAGCUGUUUGCACUGUCUUGCACGGCUGAGGAGCAGGGCGUGCUCCCUGAGGACCUGUCCGGUGUCAUCCGGAGGCUCUGGGCUGACCAUGGUGUGCAGGCCUGCUUUGGCCGCUCGCGGGAGUACCAGCUCAAUGACUCUGCUGCCUACUACCUGAAUGACCUGGAGCGCAUUGCACAAAGUGACUACAUCCCCACGCAGCAGGAUGUGCUGCGGACCCGUGUGAAGACCACGGGCAUCGUGGAGACACACUUCACCUUCAAAGACCUACACUUCAAGAUGUUUGAUGUGGGUGGUCAGCGGUCCGAGCGGAAGAAGUGGAUCCACUGCUUUGAGGGCGUCACAGCCAUCAUCUUCUGCGUAGCCUUGAGCGCCUAUGACCUGGUGCUAGCUGAGGACGAGGAGAUGAACCGCAUGCACGAGAGCAUGAAGCUGUUCGACAGUAUCUGCAACAACAAGUGGUUCACAGACACGUCCAUCAUCCUCUUCCUCAACAAGAAGGACCUGUUCGAGGAGAAGAUCACACACAGCCCCCUGACCAUCUGCUUUCCUGAGUAUACAGGGGCCAACAAGUACGACGAGGCAGCCAGCUACAUCCAGAGUAAGUUUGAGGACCUGAACAAGCGCAAGGACACCAAGGAGAUCUACACGCACUUUACGUGCGCCACCGACACCAAGAACGUGCAGUUCGUGUUCGACGCUGUCACCGACGUCAUCAUCAAGAACAACCUGAAGGACUGCGGCCUCUUCUGAGGGGCAGCGGGGCCUGGCAGGACGGGCCACCGCCGACUCUGCUCCCCCCAGCCCCUGAGGAAGAUGGGGGCAAGAGGACCACGCUCCCCGCCUGUCCCCCUGGCCGCUUUUCCUCCUCUUUCCACUCUCUGUUCUUGGUUCCCCUGUCCCCUCCCUCAGGUCCAGAGACUGGGGGGAGGGGUUGCCACAGGCCUCUGUGUUUGAAGCCCGCCCUUGUCCCAGGUGCAGGGAAGGGCCAUGGUACCCUCUCCUGGCAUCUCUUCUGGUUUUAACCAUCAUCUUGUUCUGUGAUGGGGGAGGGGAGCACAUACUGAGUUUCCCAAGGCCUGUGUUUGGAGGGGCACCCAAUUCUCCGGCCUGGGACCCCUAGCUUCACCCAACACCAGCCCCUGACCCAGCCCCAGUCCAGAUGUUUACAGGGAGCCUCCUGCCCGACCCCCUACUCCAGGCCCACCCGCCCCCCUCAGCCACUCGGAGGCCCCAAAGGAAAAAGCACAAGAAGCGUGAAACGCCACCAUUCCUGGAGACCACAGUCCACCUGCUAAUUCUCAUAGCUUUUUAAAAAAAUGAAAGUCAAGAGAAAAAAAAAAACUGCAAACCUAGAAAACUUUUUAGAGAAAAACUAUUUAAAACUGUCCAAUCCU